GUCAUGCAAUCAUUUGCGUUAACUUGUUUGUUGCAGCGCUUGUCUGCUGUCGGUGGUAAUGGCGGCGCUGAUAAGAGGACUGAGAGCUGGAAGGGCCUUGCGGGGUCUUAGCAGUGUUGCAGUUCAAGCCAAACUCAGUCCCCAGUGUAACAAUGUGAGACGUGGAUUCCAUCGUGCCGCCCUGUUACAGGUUGCUGAUGACCGGAAAAGUGACACAUCUGUACCACCACCAUCCUACCAUGAGGUCCACACAGCUGGAGAGCGCUCAUCCACUUCUGCACAAGGAGAAUCAAAUGAUGCAGCUGCUGGGCAGGACAACGCACAGCCAAACACCAGUUAUCAAGACCAGAGUGGUGAACACGGUGAGGACUACGAGACAGAGGAGCAGCUCCAAGCUCGGAUCCUGACGGCAGCACUGGAGUUCGUUCCACAGCAUGGCUGGACUGUGGAGGCCAUUGCAGCUGCAGCAGAGACUCUUGGCCUGUCAGCAGCCUCCACUGGGAUGUUCAACAAUGGAGCCGGAGACUUGGCCUUACAUUUCAUUGUGCAAUGUAACGCUCAUCUCACGGAGAUACUCGCAGAGCAACAUAAUCAAGUACAACUUGGCCAGGCAGAGCCAAAGAAAACGGCACAAUUUCUGAGAGACGCGGUGGAGACGAGGUUGCGGAUGUUGAUUCCUUACAUUGACACAUGGCCUCAGGCUAUGAGCAUCCUCCUCCUACCCCACAAUAUCCCCGACAGCCUGAAGCACCUGUCAACAAUGGUGGAUGACAUCUGGUACUACGCAGGCGAUCGCUCAACAGACGUGAACUGGUACACCCGCCGGGCGGCACUGACUGGGAUCUAUAACACCACAGAGCUGGUGAUGGUGCAGGACUCAUCUCCUGACUUUGAGGACACCUGGGCCUUUCUCAAUAACCGUAUAGAAGAUGUAGUUAACAUAGCCAAUGCUGCUAAACAGGUGCAAGCCACAGGAGAAGCUGUGGUUCAAGGAUUCAUGGGAGCUGCAAUUACGCUGAAGAACCUAACGGGGAUGAACCAGAGAAGAUGAAUCCGUUUGUCUCUGCUCCUGUCUUCCUUACGUCUCAUCUACUACUCAUUGACACCUUGGCCAAGCAGCACAAAUAUCUGACACCUCACUCAACAGCUCUAGACCAAUAAAACGGAAUGAAAUGAUCACAAUGGCAGAGGUUGUGUUCAAAUGCAUGGUUUGAUCUGUUAUCAAGGUAACACUUUACGACAAGGUUCCAUUAGUUAACAUUAGUUAAUGCAUUAGGUAUCAUGAACUAACAAUGUACAAUAAUUUUUUUUCAGCAUAUAUUAAUCUUUUGUUAAUGUUAGUUAAUAGAAGUACAAUUUUUCAUUGUUAGUUCUUGGUGCAUUAACUAAUGUUAACAAACACUAACUUUGAUUUUAAAAAUGUUUUAGUAUAUGGUGAAAUUAACACCAUAUGCGCAAUUUAGCCAAGAUUAUUAAAUGCUGUAAAAGGUAUUGUUAAUUGUUCAAGUUAAAUGUUGUUAACUAAUAUUAACAAAUGGAACCUUAUUGUAAAGUGUUCCCAUUUUCACAUUCUUGGCACUUUUAAAUGGGUCAGCUGUGCCAUAACUGUGCAGAUUCCCAUAAUUAAAAAUGGUAAUAAUAGUUUCUGUUGAAAGGUCAUUAGUUACUAGAGUUAUUUCUACUUCAAUAAAACAAUGAUCCCUUACUAAAAAGUGCUGUGGAGGUACCAUGAUACAGUGAUGGUAUCAGAUGAUAACACCACAGUGCUUUGAGAUAUAUAUAUAUAUAUAUAUAUAUAUAUAUAUAUAUAUAUAUAUACUAUUUUACCUUGGUUACCAUAUUCAUGUAACAUGGUAUUUACAUAGUUCUCCAAAGUACUUUAAACAGUACUAUGGUACUACCAUGGUACCAUGUCCAAAUACUUUAAUACUUUUUUGUUGGUGGUAGUAGCCACCAUUUUAAUUAACCAAUCAAUAAAUAAAAUCAAAACAAAAUGACAAA